UCAAUUCUCGUGUGUUCGGUCUUAGGUCAAUUUCACGGGUGAAUGCCAGCCUGUAGAACAGCAAUCAAAACUAUAUGGUGGAUCGACGAGAAAGGGCGGUAUGGAUGCCGAGCAGAAAAGUGAAUGUCAUGCCUCUCGUUCUGUUUGCCUGCCGUGUAACUCAUGCUACUCCCAGCCUUCACUCGCCCCCCCUUCAUCGAUGUGCUCCCAUGACAAUCAUCCAUCCAAUUCGAACCCACUCGCAUCACCCCGGCACUCUGCCCCUUCCCGUCGCAGUCGUCCCACACGCCUCCGUCCGCGGCACAUGGCGAUAAACGACCACAGAGUACUCCGGAUCCAGUCCGUCUCGUCGCCUCACGUCCUCGCGCCGACACAUCAGACAAAUGGUGUCGUCGCGGAGCUGCCCGACCCACCGCUUGCCGCUGCAACCCGUGGUUUCGCGGUAGGUUUUGCAGUGUCGGAAGAGGUCGGGCGGCCAUUCGCGAGAAGGGCAGCCGCAGGCGAGGGUGAAGUGUCUGUAGAGGCACAUGGCUGGUUUGGUUUGGUUUUGAUUAGGUUUCGAAAGGAAUGAGGUGAGGAUUGCGUUGCGCGUUGGUGAGGGUAGAGGAGUUGAUGGAGGAUGAAGGGGUAGCUGGAGGGAGCUGGAAUAUAUAGACUGGCAACCGUCAAGGUAGUAGUGAAUGAGGGAGCAUGAAGGGCAGCACGGAAACCUGAUCUUCUUCGUUCAUGCGUAAACGCAUUC